GGCACGGCGGCCAUUUUGUGUUUUCCUCGCUGUCGGCGCGCGUGAGGCCUGGUGGCGUUGUUUAAGCUAGUUAGAGUAACAAGUUAGCGAGUUAUUCCCCCCUCCCUCCUCAACCUCACAGGCCGAGUAACCCAGAGGGGGAGAGAGAGGGGACAGCGGGGUUUUGAUCCCGGCUCCCGCCAUGACUCAGUUCCUGCCGCCGAACCUGCUGGCGCUGUUCGCGCCGCGGGACCCGGUGCCGUACCUGCCGCCGCUGGAGAAGCUGCCGCAUGAGAAACACCACAACCAGCCGUACUCAGGCAUCGCCGGCUUCGUCCGGGAGUUCGAGGAUCCUAGAGAUGCCCCGCCACCAACAAGAGCUGAGACACGGGAGGAGCGAAUGGAAAGAAAGAGGCGUGAGAAGAUUGAGAGAAGACAGCAGGAAGUUGAAAAUGAGCUGAAAAUGUGGGAUCCCCAUAAUGAUCCAAAUGCACAGGGUGAUGCAUUCAAGACACUGUUUGUUGCCAGGGUGAACUAUGAUACAACAGAAUCCAAGCUGAGGCGUGAGUUUGAGGUCUAUGGCCCCAUUAAAAGGAUCUACAUGGUGUAUAAUAAAAGGACUGGAAAGCCCCGUGGUUAUGCUUUUAUCGAAUACGAGCAUGAACGAGACAUGCAUUCUGCAUACAAACACGCAGAUGGUAAGAAGAUUGAUGGGAGGAGAGUUCUGGUUGAUGUGGAGAGAGGCCGCACUGUGAAAGGGUGGCGCCCGAGGAGGCUCGGUGGCGGACUUGGGGGCACUCGUAGAGGUGGUGCAGAUGUUAAUAUCAAACAUUCAGGUCGUGAUGAUGCACCGCGAUAUGAUGAGAGGGACCGGGAUCGCGAACGCGACAGGGAUCGCCGUGAACGUAGUCGUGAAAGAGAUAAGGAACGUGAGCGGCGUAGAAGCCGUUCCAGGGAGCGACGCCGACCUCGAUCACGUAGCCGUGACAAGGAAGAGAGGAAAGCGCGCGGCAGCCGUGAGCGAAGUAGGGAGAAAGAUAAGGACAAGGAUCGUGAUCGCAAGCGGCGCAGCCGCAGUCGCGAUCGUAAGAGAGAGCGAGACCGUGACAGGGAUAAGGAUAAGAAAGAAGAACGUACAGAUGUAGACCAACCUGAGGCAGGUGACGGGCCUCACAAUGAUGCACAGGCAGUUGACAUAGCCAUUGAACCCAUUGAGUCUAAACCUGAAGCAGAGGAGAAGAAUAGAGAACGGGGAGAUAGGGAUAGAGAGAGGGACCGAGACAAAGACCGAGAUAGAGACCGGGAUCGGGACCGUAGACGAAGCCAUCGAGACCGGGACAAGGAUAGAGACCGGGACAGGAGGAGAGAUAGGGAACGGGACCGUGAUAGAGAUCACAAGCGUGACAGAGACAGGGAUAGAGAUAGGGACAGAAAUAAGGAUUCUGACAAACUGCAGGAUAAUGGGAUUCCUGAGCAACUUGAAGAAACCAGUCAGGACAUGUAUAUGGAUCAGGAGUCGAUGCAGUCUGGUGAUGGAUUCAUGUUGGCUGAAAAUGGUUAUCAAAUGGAACCACCUACGGAAGGUUACUAAAAAGACCUGCGUUCAAAGUGAACUUUUCCAAUUGGACCAAUACUUUUCAUUUUCCUGUUUUAUUGACAGAAAUCGCAAACUUAUUUUGUUUGUUGGUUUUAAGCUGUAGUGAAGGAGGUUUUCAGCACGAAGUACUCGUUGCUUUUUCUUGAGGAGGGUAAGUUUUAGUGACUGUAUCAUAGCAGGUGGUUUGGAAUCCUUUUGAGCCUUGUGAAAUUCGGUUGGUAAAUGUUAUUGAUCUGUUUUUAUGGUCUAAUACAUAAUAAACCCUGUUUUAAAGCCAUCCGAUUCAACUGUGUACUCUUAUGUACAGGUGUUCCAUCAGUGAGGUGUUGGCUUGGGUGAACAUUUGCCGCAUUGUGCACCUGUGAUUACAUCAGGUACUCAGUUGCUUCUAGUGAGUAUAAGAUCCCAAAUGAAGUGAAGGGCUCUCGUUGCUGUGUGCUGUAAUAAUUCUACAUUGCAGUUUUUGAAGGUAAUGAGUCAGAGGGCAAGAUUGGCAAUUUUGUUGGAAAGAUGUCUACAUCAGCCUUUAAACAGUCUGAUUAGAAUUUAUAACAAUAAACCUUUGUGUCACUGGUG